AUGCUCCUGUGCCUGCAUGGCGGAGGCUACACAGGCCUGUCCUGGGGCGUGCUGGCGGCCGAGCUGCGGGGCAUACAGUGCCAGGUGGUGGCUCCCGACCUGCGGGGCCACGGGGAGACCAGGAGCCCGGACGAUGCCGACCUGGCGGCCGAGACCCUGGCCGCUGACGUGGCGGAGCUCUGGCACGUCCUGGCCGCACGGCGGCGGCUGACGACCCCGCUGGUCCUGGUGGGGCACAGCAUGGGGGGCGCCGUUGCCGUCUGGGCCGCCCGCCGUAUCCUGGAGGAAGAUGCUAGCUGCCCGCUGGCCGGUGUGGCGGUGAUCGAUGUGGUGGAGGGGACGGCGCUCGCCGCGCUGCCCUCCAUGCGCAGCGUGCUCAGCGCGCGACCGGCACGCUUUGCCAGCCUGAAGGAGGCGCUGGCCUGGGCGCGGGCGACGCACGCCACCACCAAUCCCUCCGCCGCGCGCCUGUCGCUGCCCUCCCAGCUGCGGUGGGAGGAGGCGGGGGCGGCGACGGAGACGACGCGUGGCGCGGGUGUGCUCCCCCUCCCUCCCAGCCUGCCCAGCAUCUCGGAGGAUGGCGGGGUCGACCAGGCCAGAGGGGGCUGGGUCUGGCGCACGCCCCUGCCCGACUCCGCGCCCUUCUGGGACGGCUGGUAUCGGGGCCUGAGCCCCGCCUUCCUGGGCCUGCCCUGUCCCAAGGUGCUGGUGCUGGCGGGGACGGACCGCCUGGACAAGGCACUGACCAUCGGCCAGAUGCAGGGCAGGUUCCAGCUGGCCCUGCUCCCCCAGGCGUGUUUGGAUUUGGCGGGGCAUGCCGUGCACGAGGACGCGCCCGGGGCGGUGGCUGGCAUCCUUUCUGGCUUCCUGGCGCGGCACAGGGUGGGCCUGCCGGGACUGGCCAUACCCUCGAGAUCGCCGGGCACCCAGCAUCCUGCGCCCUCACCCGGCUAG